GGCCAUGUUGCCGCUCUUCGACUUCGCCGGCGAGCUCGAGACCGAACCCUUCGUGUUUGAAGAUGAGAUCAAGAGCAACGAGUCGCUCUCGCUCGAGGCCCUGCGCACCGUCAGCACCGCACGACGGGACAUGCGCUCCACCAGGGGCGAGAUCAGGGAUCCCGCCAAGGCUUCCGAGCGAACCCGCGCGUGCGAGGCAUACGUCCCGCUCAUCGAGAGCCUCUGCUCCAAGAAGGACAACCUGCAGAUCUCGAACCGGUCCGGCGGUCUAAAAUUUAAGUGGUCCAGCCCGCUGGAGGGCGGCGACGUCAUGUACAAGCUCAAGGGGUUGGACCGCGCGCUGGAGCAGGAGCGCGGCAUGGCCUGGAUGCUUCUCGCCGCUCGCAUCAGGGACGAGGCGGCGCUCGCGGUGGACCAGUGCCCGCGAGCGCCCGUCGGACCCGAGAGACACGACGACGACGACGCGGAGGCGACGGGUCGUCGACACGGGGGAGGAGUAGAAACGCCCAUCGGGGACAAGGGCGCAAAGCGACAAGGCGGGGAACCGGACACGCACACGCCUCGAUCGCCGGGUCCCGUGUUGGGCGACGCCGCCCCGGCGGUGGCCACCACGCUUCGAAGAGCCGCGGGGGUGUACAAGCACGCGUCAACGCAGGUUCUCCCGUCCCUCGUCCCCGAGCUGGACGCGGAGAGGCCGAACGAGCUGCUGCCGUCCAUGGCCGAGUGCAUGUACUGCGUGUGCCUCGCCGAGGCGCAGGCGGCGACGGCGAGACGCGCGGAGGAGCGGGGCACAAACGGGGAUCUCGUCGCCAAGCUCCACCUCGGCGCGCACGACCUGUACAAGCGCGCGGAUGCGAUCCUCAACGAGAAUAUCCGAGACUUUAACCGCAUAAGCCGCAAGCUGCAGGCGUACAUCCUGCUCGGCGCGAGCGUCCACAGGGCGAGGGCGUACAGGUGCGCCGCGGAGGAGGCGUUCGCGGCGAGCGACAUCGGGGAGGCGAUCGCCUGUUGCGACGCGGCCAACAAACACCUCGCGAGGGGCCGGGACGCGGCGGGCGAAUCCGACCGGUGGCAAGCCGCGGCGCUGGAGGAGAGCGAGGCGCUGAUGAACCUUCGGAAAAAGUACGUGACGGAGAACGAGGUGGUGUACUUCGAGAGGGUACCGGAUAGGCCCGCGAAGAAGCUGCCGGAGGGCAAGGUGAUCGUGUCGGAGAUUGAGCACGUCCCGGUGGUCGUCGAGGCGCUCGGCGUGGAGUGAGGAGGAAGGAGGAUGUCGCGAUCGACGCGUUCUGAAGCUACAACUUUUCCUACUAUCAGCCAGCGAGCCCACGUCUACCG